CUGAUUCCGUCCGCAGCUGUCGUGCUAAGAGUAGCGCCAUGUUGCCUUUCAACUACAAGUUGGAUCUCAAAUUAAUACAACUCGUUAAAGAAAAUCCCGCGUUAUAUGAUCCCACCAGUGCUAAAUACAUGGACAGCAAUGCCCGAGAAGUAGCUUGGCAAAAAAUCGGAGACGAAGUACAAACAUCCGCUGAAAAUUGUAAAGCGCGAUGGAUGCACAUAAGACACGUGUUUCGACGAAUCCUAAAGAAACCUGUCAGAGCAUCAGGACCACCAAAAGUAUACAAAUAUGAGAAGCAACUCGACUUUAUUAGACCACUCUUUAAGGAUAUCCCGCAAAUAAUUAACUAUGAUUCCGACACCAAGUCUGAGCAAGUCAACGAUCGUUACGAUGAUGAACCUUGCAGCGAAACUGAGGACACUCCUAAUAAGAAGUUAAAAAAGAAGAGAAUACCUAAGCCGAGUUCUAAAAAGAAGAUUAAAAAAUAUGAGGAAGAAGAGCAAAUGAGUGUGUCACCGACUGAAGUAACUACGCUUGCGUGUGAAUUUGAAAGAUCAGAACCUUUAGAUGCUUUUCUGUUGAGCGUCGGAGCUACGUUGAAAACGUUCUCGCCAUAUCAUUUGAAUGUUGCCAAGACUGAAAUAUUUAACGUCGUUCAAGAACAUGAUUUGCAACAGAUAUUGGAGAAAACACGAUCUGAAGAAUCUAUGCCCGAGACAUCACAAAAAUAUUCAGAUUAUAUGCAUUAACAAGAUUUUAGUAAAUGUUAUUAUUCUAUUUAUUAUUUUGAUAUUUUGUUAAAGUUAAAGACAUGUGCAUUCAGUAGUAAAAUUUUAUUCAUAAGUAAAAUGUUAAGUUAUAGUUAUUAAUUGUAUGUGCGAAAUAAAAUAAAACGCUAUGUACUUUCCUCCUAAUAUCCGUUCCUCUUUCCCCUUCCCCACAGAGAGUAGACGCGUUAUACAAUGCUCCGUCAAUUAAAAGAACGCGGUAAAAAGUGAACUGCGCAAACUUUGGUAAUAAAAUACGUAAUACUAACUUUCAUUAUUAGAGACAAUAACUUAGUUACAUAUGUAAUGGGAAGUUGCAAUUACCUUUUCAAAAUUUAUCUUUAAUAUAUAAAUGCGGGAGUUCAGAUGGAUAGAUGUUUGUUAGAGUUUGUAGCCUAAA